AUGUACCCCCUCAUCCAAUUGCUCAUCAUCUUACCUUUGCUCGCCCUCGCGAACGCUUGGUCAUCCGAUAAUCAUACUUGUGCAUUGACUAAACCCAUCUAUUCAUGUGAGAACACGACGGCCAUCGUGGACACUUGCUGUACGCCCACUGAAGGGUUGGUAUUGGUAACUCAGUAUUGGGAUACUUAUACAGGACUCGAGAACGAAGGUUCAGUUUUACCUAAGGGAUCAUGGACAAUCCAUGGCCUAUGGCCUGAUAGAUGCGAUGGGUCAUAUGGCCAAUACUGCGAUCUCUCAAGACAAUACGAUCCCGUCCCUUCGCCCAAUACCACGACCGGUAAACCCGAUGGUACACCCGUUCCAGCUUGGCAAGGUGGUGAUGUGAUUACUCCCCUGUUGGAGAAAUACGGUAAAUAUGAAAUGUUGGCUUUCAUGCAAAAGUUCUGGAAAUCCCAAAACUCGCCUGAUUGGACAUUCUGGCAACAUGAAUUCAGUAAACAUGCUACUUGCUUCACGACCUACGAUGUAGGAUUCAACGGUUCUCCCGACUGUUAUGGCACCUUGUACGAGAACAGUACCGAAGCUUCCAUUAUCGAUUUCCUCGAAUCGGUCGUCAAAGCCCAGAUUCAAUACCCAACUUAUCAAUGGUUGGAAGAAGCCGGGAUCGUACCUUCCAACGAAACCAGUUAUAAGAUUGAUGAUAUUCAAGAUGUCUUGAUUAAUGCCUCGGGAGCUGAACCUUAUCUCGGAUGUACUGGACCUACUCGACAGGUCUUAUAUGAAGUAUGGUACUAUACCCAUUCGUAUGGACGACCUCAAGAUGGCUUUUUGAAGCCUAUCGACCAAACUACCCAAUCCAACUGCAAUGCCACCGAACCAAUUUGGUACUAUGAGAGGAUCGAGGGUUCAGAAUAUUAG